AUUGGACCCAAAAUUUAUAUUGCUAAGUGAGACAGUUAAGUGACUUCUGCCCCAUUUUAAGUUGAGGACUAUGUAUAAUUUCAUAUAAAUGUUAAAUUAGAGAUUCAAAACUCCAGCAGAAGAAAAUCCAUGUGAAUUACUGUAAAUAAAAAUAAUUUAAAACAAUCAGCCACAGACAACUGAAAUAACUCAUAUUCAUAUUUUCCGAAAGUACAGAGACAAAAUUGUUUUUCUAACAAUUAAAGCAUAUAAACCAAAAGAACUUAGAAAUUGGCUAAUGCCUUUAUUAUAUGUUUUAGAGUCACAAUAAAUAAUAUAAUCCCCAUUUAGAUGUCUCAGAUUUCAUUCUUUACACUAAAACAGCUUUUAUGGCUACUCUCCUAAAAAUUAAAACUACUCUGUUUGCAAUCAAGUAUUCCCAACAGACACAAAACCAAAUCUACAUAAUCUGCCAAUAAUCUGCCAUUUUAAAAAGAAGAAUCCAAUCAAACAAGUGUAGCCAAAGAUAACUUAAACAGAGCUCUAAACUAAGAAAGGAUAUAAUUUAAUAUUGUAUGCAGUAGUUAGAUUCUUGAACAACAAUGAACAAUUAUGAAAUGUAAAAAACAACUUCGAUUUUUUUUUCCCCCAUGCAAAGAUUACAGAGAGUGUUUAUAUACUCAGCUGGUUCAGUUCAGACAGAAGGAGCAAGAAAAGGGGCUUGGCUCUUAAAAUGGAGUUCUCCUUAUUCUCUGCUUCUGUUCCCUUCUGAAGGAUGUAAGGCUAAGAUCACAUGUUCAGCAAAAACACCGUUAGUGUUUCUGAGCUCAGCCCGCAGGGGUUUGCACAAUAAAAUCUGUCAAGGGAAGGAAACCAGAUGGAAUGUGUAGCCAAGGCCCUGCUGUACUGUGCUCCAACUCAGCACAGAUGGGUUUUGCAGGAAUGAAAGCUCAGCUGCCUGUAUACACACAACACCUACAUUCCCCCCCCACACACACAAACAUAGUCCUCCCCCCCUUUUUUUUUUGUCUUGACCGAAUGAAAUCCCUAGAAAAGGCCCUAACAAUAGUCACAGGAUGUUCCCCGAAGGCUACCUUUCCUUUCUCUGUGCUGGUGAAAGACACGUGUUUCGGUUUGCCUAGAUUUCACGUCGAAAUCCACAUCUGGACCGGUCUCGCCCACCAGGCUGUCUGAUUAACAGAACAGAAUAAUAGAAUUGAAAGGGACCUUGGAGGUCUUCUAGUCCAACCCCCCUGCUCAGGCAGGAGAUCCUAUAUCCCAUUCUGAACAAAUGGCUCUCCAAAGACCUUGGUUGCUUCCUCCUCCUUCUUGGACCCCGAAGAUUUCUAAAUUUGCCAGUUGCCCUCCACUACGUCUCUGAGCGUGCACCCCUUCCCCCAACAUACACACACUUUUAAAAGAAAAAUCCUGAGCUGAUUUUCGCCCUCCAAGCAUGCCCUCCUCCUCCCGCCGCUGCCUGGCGUGUAAGCGGCUUUCCUGUCCUGUCCUUUCCUUUCCCCGCCGCCGCUUCAGCCGAGGCAGGCUCUGCUGUUUCAAAGGGUCGCCUGCCUGGCUCUGCCGCGUCCCCAUUGGCCGGAUGGGGCCCUCCUUCCUGCCGGGGCUGCUGAUGUCAGCCACGCUCUCACACCCUUGCUAAGCUUGCCGCCGCCGCCGCCGCUCUUGCUGCUGCGGCAGAACCUCCUCGGCGCGUUCAGCCACGACCCGGACAGGCAGGCUUUCCGCCGGGGUGAAGCCAGUUCCGCAGCCGAUCCGAGAGCCGGGCAGACGCCGCUCUUUAGCUCCAGAGCCCGCCCGACAGCUGCCCGUUCGGGAAGGAGGAGGGCGUUUGUUUACUAGACGGAGAAGAAAACGUUAGCGAGCCGCCUUUUGUCUUGGAAGGAAGCAUCUCCUUUGGCGGCGGCCGAUCUUCCCGGGGCGCGCGUUGCUCGCUCUAGCCUCUUUUGCCCGGACUUCGGCUUCGGGCAGCAUGUCUUGAGGCUGCGGCGGCUAAGAAAUGUCUCUGGUUGUAGCAGUCCCGGCGGAUGCCUUUGUAUGAUCGCUGCCGCCGCCUUUGGCGCCCAGCCUCCUUCGGCUUGUGCAUGUGUGAAAGGCAGCAGCGCCUGACCGCGGUUUGAAGCUGCCAACCUGGAAGAUCGGAGCACAGCAUCGCGGGGUUUUUUUCUCCGUCCUUCUCCCCGGGGGCUGGGUCAGCCUACUGGAUGGUGUCAGCGGCGACGUCUACGGUCAUUGCCAAGCGGGCGACCUCCGGGGCGCUGUAGACCGUCGGCGGCUUUGCGUUUGCAGGAUCGGGGUGCCCCGUGGUUCGCGUUUCUCCUGAACUGCUGGUUUGCAUUGAAUGUGUUGGAAUAUGCUCAUGAAGGAGUAUCGGAUCUGUAUGCCUUUGACAGUUGAGGAGUACAGAAUUGGACAGCUGUACAUGAUCAGUAAACAUAGCCACGAGCAGAGUGAUCGUGGAGAAGGUGUGGAAGUGGUACAGAAUGAGCCCUAUGAAGAUCCAAACUACGGGAAUGGUCAGCUGACAGAAAAACGGGUCUAUCUGAAUAGCAAACUUCCAAGCUGGGCAAGAGCUGUUGUCCCCAAAAUAUUUUAUGUCACAGAGAAGGCAUGGAAUUACUACCCAUAUACAAUUACAGAAUACACGUGCUCAUUUUUGCCCAAGUUCUCCAUUCACAUAGAGACCAAAUAUGAGGACAACAAAGGAAGCAAUGAUAAUAUAUUUGAUAACGAAGCCAAAGAUCUUGACCGAGAAGUCUGCUUCAUUGAUAUUGCCUGUGAUGAAAUUCCUGAGCGCUAUUACAAAGAAUCAGAAGAUCCUAAAUGCUUCAAAUCAGAGAAGACUGGGAGAGGCCUAUUAAAAGAAGGUUGGAGAGAAACUCAAGACCCCAUUAUGUGCUCCUACAAACUUGUAUCUGUGAAAUUUGAAGUGUGGGGACUUCAAACUCGAGUUGAGCAGUUUGUCCAUAAGGUGGUCAAAGACAUAUUGCUAAUUGGUCACCGACAAGCAUUUGCGUGGGUGGAUGAAUGGUAUGACAUGACUAUGGAUGAAGUCCGAGAAUUUGAAAGAGCAACUCAGGAAGCCACCAACAAGAAAAUUGGAAUCUUCCCUCCUGUGAUAUCCAUCUCGAAUAUCUCCCUUCCCUCUUCGAUCCGCAGUGGUCCUUCUAGUGCUCCGUCUACACCUCUGUCUACAGACGCACCAGAAUUCCUAGCGGUUCCGAAAGAUCGUCAGCGGAAAAAGUCUGCCCCAGAAACUCUCACGCUGCCAGAUCCAGAUAAAAACACUCUCUAAACCCAGCAUGGUUUUUUUUCCCUUAUGACAAGCUAUGACUGACAGAAUAUCAUUUGCAAAGUUCACGGUAGUUGUUCAAUUUAAACAAAUAUUAUUGAUCUGGAAUCAUGCAUUUCCCAUUCCCACCCACCCACCCCGUUCCCUUAGUCUUCCCCUGAAACUAGUUAGCUAAAUGCAUGCAAGGUCAUAGUUCAUGUGCUCUGAUUCCCAAACUAAAGCUCUAAGCCAUAUGACAAAUGUUGCUAUCAACCCAGAAUGAAAUAGCUGGUUAAAAAAACAAAAAAAACAAGCAAAAGCAGUCUCUUGUAGUGAUGGCUGCAAACAGAAGAUGUAGAAUUGCAGUGUUGAUGACUGGAGAGGUUUACAGGGAUUUCAUGAAGCUGGUGAGGACAUCCCGAGAGAAUGAGGUUCUCUUUAGCUACAGGUUCAGACAAUAUUUCUCAUUUCAAGCCAUUAUAUCUCCAUUUCUGAAAUCCUUUUUUAUUCUCAGGCCGAAUGCACCUUAAAGUAAACCUUGGAACUGCUGAUUCACUGAUCAACACUUGAAUACCAAUAGAUUCAGCUUUCUUUUUAUAGAAUACAACUCAGGAUUUGGGUGUAGCUAAUGCACACUCUUCAAAAAUUAAAGAAACAACGUGCUCUAGUUUUGUCUUAAAUUAUAAUCAUUUUGAGACCCUGGAACUAUUUGUAUCUUGCACAAAAAUUUGUAACUCCUUUUUAUUCUGUGCUGUUGUGAAACUUUUCUGUGUUGAUUUUGGAGAAUGGGGAUCUAUUGCAGGAAGAAAAAUGGAAACACCAACAAAUAAAAUAGGUUCCAAAGCCCAAAUGGGACAAAUAUAUCCCAAGAAACAACGCUAGUAUUAAUUCAUAAUUCAAUUCAGGUCUUCUGAGUUCCUAUGAAAUUAAUGAAAGUCCAGAUUGAAAACCCCAUUAAAAAGAAGAAAAAGUCAGCCUGUUUUUUGCAACAUUGUGAGUAGUCAUUCCAUGACUUGAAGUUUUGCUGAGGGUGUUCGUGCUGGCCUGUUAAAACAAAAGCAACAGAUUGUAGCACAAAUAUGUUAGGCUUACUGUUCAGUUUCUUUCUCUCAUUUUAAAAAUCCUGUAUGUACGUGUGUGUCAGUGUGUCUCUGUGUGUGUAUACACGCACACAUACAUUCACACAUAUAUACAUCCAUACACACAGGGUUUGUAGAAUGAAAUACAUAUACACACACACAAGAUAUUUAGAACCUUGCAGGUUUUUCUUUUUUAAUUUUAUUCAUGGCUCAGCCUUACAAUGUAUUCACUAUAUAUAUAUUCAGUGUGUGUGUGUGUGUGUGUGUGUGUGUGUGUGUGUGUGUGUGUGUGUGUGUUUGAAGAUGCGAGUCUCUGGUAUAUUCAUAUUCAAAAACUAAAACACAGAUCACCGAGACUAAGGAAUUUAUUUAAAAACUUAGCUUUCGUCAGCAGCUCAACCCUAAUACAUUGUAAGGCUGAGCCAUUAAUAAAAUUAAGAAAGAAAAAUCCUGGGAGAUUCAACAAUUUCUUUUAAAAAGAUGCGUCUACCAGUAAGUCUACUAUAUCAUGCUCAAGAGAGUGAGACUCAAUGCAUUGUCCAACAAGAGGUAGUUUUAUUCAACUGUGCUCAUUAUUAUUGCUUCCUUUGAAUACAGGUAGUUCUUGACUUCCAACCGGUUGCUUAGUGAUUGCUCAGUUAGGACAGCCCACCUCUGGGAACUUGCAACCUGGCUCCAAAGUUCCAACAGGUACUACUGCAAUCAUAUGAUUGCAUUUCAACCACUCAGCAACCAGCCCACAUUUAUGGGUGUUUGCAAAUCCCACAUUCUGUGACCACCUUUUAUGACAUUUUUGCCAAAAACUGGCAUUUACUUCUGGUUUUGGGCAAAACCUGCCCAUUGGAAACAAUUGGUUUGCUUAACAACCACUGCAGAAAAGGUCAUAAAAUCAGGUUGGUCAGGUGGAUGACCGUUGUACGACUCACAAUUUAUGACCAUAAUGGGCAGCUCCAUUACAGUUGUAAGUCAAAAACUACCUGUGCAGGCACUUGAAUUGAAAAUGGAAAGGAAAACAAUCUUGCACUGCUACAGUUGACAACUCAUUAAGAAGCCUCUGUCUAGUGCUUGUUUAAGAGCAAAAAAGUUAUGUGGGAAUCUUCUAAAUCUUCUGACAGAAACAAAACAACUUGCCAGCUUCCUGAGCUCCUUCAAUGGUAUUCUUUUCCAACAAUGAAAAUAGAAUUGUUUUUCUUUUGGCUUCUGGUACCUCAGAAAGCGGUAUUAGUUGCACCCAGCCAUGUACUUUGGAGAGACAAAAUAUUGGCCUGCUAAUUGCAUCACCCUUCUGUCUCAGGAAUCAAAGAUACUUCCCCAUAUACAAUUUAGAACACUUGGCAUCUGUUCCUUUCUUUACAAUUCAUUCAGAAUUGUAAAUUAAGUAAAUUUAGUAAAUUAAGUCAGUAGUUAACCACAUCUAAAUUAGAAUCAUUUGUGAAAGUGUCAUAAACAUAUAGCGAUAGUACAAGGGGAAUAUAAAAAUAUAUAUCCAGAUCUCAGGCGGGAUAAAGAUAACUUUGAAUAAUAAAAAAUUUCUAGUAAGCACGGCAGCAUGAAUUUUCAUAUGAAAAAGUGUAGCAGACUUAAAUCUCCAAUUAACUCUCAAGUGACUUCUUACUUAAAUUGUACAUACCAAGGGAACUGUUGUUUAGGUUUUAGUCAUAGAAAGGUAGAGUGGGAGAACAGAAUGCGCUAUGUGCAUUUGAAAACUCAAAAUUUGUAGUAGCUCUAAUUCUGUAUUUAAUCCCCCCAUCAUUUAGCUUCAUGCCUUUUCCCAGUUAUUACUCAAGAUAUCUUUUUCUGUCUUGCUCAGCAUUCUGAAGUUCUGUGUGACAUUUGUUAAUACAUGUUUUCAUUAUUAGUAUUAUUAUUACAUUUCUGUACAUAAAUAUAUCCUGAGUUUGUGGCUUUAAGUUAGCAGAAAAUUAUGAUAAUUUCUGUGAUUUUAAGCCAAACGUUGCUCUCUCUGUAUCUGCUGUUAGAAUCUUGCAAAAAUCAAUAAGCCAAGACAUCAAAUCAUUGUGUUGAUUUAUUUUAACUGUUUCACUUCUUCCUCAAUACUUUGGCUUGGGAAUAAGAUCAGGUGUUUUAUGCUUGUUAAAAGGCUGCAUAGUACAAAAAUGAAAGGUAAUAGCAUGCUACGGAAAAAUAAUGGACUUUUCUAUACUUUCUGCUCUUAAUGCUGCAGCAAGAAUUAUUUGUUCAACUUGAUGUGCUAUUAAAAUUGGGUGCUUAAUGAAUAGACAAAAUUUGAUUCUUCUGCAUGUCUAAAUGAUGGCUGACACAAUCCAUGUGUCAAUCUGCCUACUCUUUGCUUUUCCUAUAUUUCCAGGAAUUAGCAAAAAACAAAUGGAUGUUUCUUCAGCAUAUACACUCUUAGACACCUAUGCUCUUCACAAAUUCUUUUAUGCUCUUUUCUCAUAUUCUGUUUUCCUUCCAUGAGUUAUAAAAUUAUCCCAUUUACUUUUCUUUCUUGAUUUUUGUCCUCUGUUUUAAAAAAAACCGUAUUUCUGACACAAAAAGAACAACUAAAUUAAAUCUCUAGAAUAUUUUUGGUUGCUCUAAUGUGUCUUUUCCAUGGGGAAAAAGGUUUGGCUAAGUUGUAUUGUUGACUUGUCUGAUUUUUUGUACAGAAUAUGCUGUAUAUUUUUAGCAGUAUGUUUUUUGUGAGGAUCAGACCUGUGGAUGUUUUAUCUAUUAGUUUUGUGGAACAAAGUGGCACUUUCAAUAAAGUCUGGUGCAGCAAAACAAACAGAAGCCUGACUAGGCUUUUGUACUCUAGUCCUGGUUUCCCUUUUUUCAAUGAGAACAUUUGAUCAUUAUUAAGAAGAGAAAGGAGGAAUGUGUUCUGAAAUGAAUAUACUGCUGGCUUUAAAUUAAACUUUCCUAUCAAAAAAGGGACUCCUAAAAUUAUCUGUUUCAAAACCCAUCUUUGACCUCCUAAGCAAAAGAAUUAAAAAAAAUUAAGUUUAUUCAUGAGAGACUCAAGAAGGUUGCUCAAACUUUAUCGUUGAAAACUCUGGUGUAUUUUCAUCAGUUAUGCUUUCCAUGUACGUGAAUCUUUAAAAAUCCAUGUACAUGGGUUAGAAAUCUUCAUGGGGUUAUAUUUGCUAAGAAAGUUUGCAACAAAAAUGGCUAAAUUGCCAUAAAAUCAUUUUGAGCCUAGCUGUUUUUCACAUAUCAGUGGACAUACCGCAAUUGAUGUAAGUUUAGAUCAAUUAUUUCAUAUUGAAUGAAUUGAAAAAGCCUCAUCAAUUUUCAGGUAGAGACUUCACAAGGUGGUUGUUGUGGGGAAAAUAGGAGAAGGAAUGAGUUAUUAGGUAUGUUUGCCACCUUGAAUUAUUCAUAAAAAUAAUAAAGGUGGGAUAAUAAAUAAAUCAAAUUACUGUUAAAGGGCCCAACUGGAAUGAUCUCAUCUAGAAUAGAAAUGCUCUAGGCAAUUUUUCUUACUGCAGGUUUCUGUUUCAUUGGCAAUGUUUCAGGUUUUUUUAACAAAUCUUUUUAAAACUUGGUUGAUAGAAAUGAAAAUUGCUGUUUUUAUUUGAACCAUAAUAAGAGAGAAGUGUGUCUUUAAUCACAUAUGGGGCUGGAUUCUAAGGCACCACUCUGUGAGCAGAAAAGGUCAAAACAUGCUUAGCUGAGGGCCUCUAGUCAAGCAACAUUCCUCUCAUGCAACUACUUUGGGUUGGGAUUUGCUGCACUGGAACUUUAGAACAUGGCUGUUGUUUAAAAGACAUGCAAUGUAGGCACUUCACGGUAGUUAAAUCAUAAGACUGGGGAGGGUUCAUGAACUUGUCAGUAGGAACUCUUUAAUCACUAUCAUUCAAUCUUCUGUUUUCAUAAAGGCUUGAAGCUAAACUAAUCGUGGGGAAGGGUCUUCUUGUUUGGACAGCAUCGUCUUGGAAUUGUCCAUGUUUUUUUUUAAUGUUCCCUCUAGAAAUAGGUUUUUUGUUUCAUUUCUGUGACAAUCUUUGUGACUUUGAGUGCUGUGUAUAAUAGUGGGGUUUUUCUGUUGUUGUUUUUUUGUUUGUUUGUUUUUGGUGGUAAGGUUAGUGUAAUGAAGGAAGGACCAAAUGCUCCAAGUUACACAAUACAAGACAUGACUAGAAGAAUCUGAGUCUCAUGGUUUCCAUACAUACAUAAUUGUUGCUUUUUCAGUUAUUUAUUAUUGUUUGUAAAACUGCCUUUUCUUACAUUCUGUUGUAAAUAAACUACAAGCAAUCUUCUUUCCAA